CCGAUGCGGUCGCCACUCGCCUUUGUCUGUUGUUUGCUCGCGUCGGUGUUUGCCGCUGAGACGCUCGACGCUGCGUCGCUCGCGAUCGCUGCCGACUUGCAAAACAUGAUGGCGCAGGGCCUUACGCGCAACAACACGGCCGCCGCCAUUCGGCACAUUCAGGCGGCCCCCGCGCUCUCCGACGCCGCCAUUGCGCGGGUGUGGGAGACGGCGCACAACGGUGGCCUGCCCGUGCUCUCGGACCUCUUGGUCAACGGCAGCAUUGCGCUCGACCUCCAGAGCAUCGCGGCCAACGGCCUCACGCCGGCCAACGGUGCCAGCCUCGUCAACAAUGUCCAGUUGGCGAUCGACCUCGGAACGCUCAUCGUCAAGGACGGCGCCGCGCUCAUCAACGCGAUCCGCGAUAUCAUCAAGAACCCGAACCUGAGCAACGGCGCGACGAUCGUCAGUGCGAUCCAAAGUCUUAUUUUGAAUGUCGCGGGGCUUCUAGACCCCAACCCGAAAGUGUGCCGCCGCCAAGGUGUCGGCCGUGGCGCCGGGUCGCCCGUUGUGAGCCAGUGUCUGCCCGGCGAGGAGGCAUACGGUGCGCUCUGCUACCCCAAGUGCAAGGACGGGUACGAGGCAGUGGGCUGCUGCAUCUGCCGCAAGAAGGGCUGCGGCGGCGUCGACGGCGCCAAUGACAUCGGUGUCUCGUGCACCAAGCCCAAGGCAUACGGCCGUGGCGCCGGCUACGCGCUCUGGGACGAAGACAAGUGCAAGCGUGAGAGCAGCCAAGGCUGCGAGAAGAACGGGGCUCUGUGGUACCCGAAAUGCAAGGCCGGGUUCCACAACGUUGGCUGCUGCAUCUGCUCGCCCGACUGCCCCGAGAGCUUUCUGGACGACGGCGCGUACUGCCGCAAAGACAGCUACGGUCGCGGCGUCGGUGUCUCGCGCCUCGGGUGCCCGAGUAACCUCGAAAAGAGCGGCCUCUUCUGCUACCCGCCGUGCGCUGCCAACCAAGUCGGCGUCGGUCCCGUGUGCUGGCCCAACUGCGUGUCGCCCACCGGUGCCGACUGUGGUCUCUUCUGCGCAUCGACCGUCGCGACGUGUGUGAGCACGACGGUUGACAUCCUCGGGUCCUCGGCCAAGAUCACGCUCGCGCUCGUCUCGCAAGACUACAUCGGCGCCAUCGGCUCGAUCAUCCAAGUCGGCGGCAAGUACUUGUCACUCGACACGUGCCCCAAGUGAGUGUUUAGCAGCGAGCACUCAACUCGUACUAAAAUGACGUGGACGAAAGGGUGCUGAAUGUGUGCAA